CGGGAAUUUUCUGCCUUUUGGAGGUGGGAAAGCCAUCAAUAGGAUAGGCCCAGUGAAUCGUGCUGCCAUCGUUCAUCAUCAUCUGGCCGUACGACAGGAAGGAAUUUUUCCUACCGCUCGUAACGAUUCUGGCUGUCGGUUGCCGGACGACCAGUCAGUUGGUGCGUGUGCGUGGUCGGUCGUGAGUGAGUGCAAAGGAAUUUCGCUACGCCACGCUACCGCAACCGCCUCGCUCGUCGAAAAUUCGACUACGGUUUUAUUCGUGGCAUUUGAAAUCUGUGUGAACGCCUUCCGUCCCGAGCGCCAAAGUGCUGUGCUGUCGCGACGGCAGAUCGGUAGAACGGCCAACUGAACGGUCCUUGACUGUGAACUGUGCCGCAAGUGUGGGUGGGGUAACGCUCUGCCCAUCGGGCGAAGAUCACUUGCGUAUUGCAGCUCAGAAACCGGAGCUUCCGGAACCCAUCAGCCAUCAUGUCGGACCUGGACGAUAUGAGCAACUUCGACGCGUGGCUGGAGAAGGACUUUCUCAGCAAAAUCAACCGGCUCGAGACGGAGCUGGAGGAUGUGAAGGACAAGAACAAAAACCUGGAAAAGGAUCUGAGAAAGAAAACGAUCGAGUGUGACAUUGUGCGGGCGAAGGUCGGCAAGUUGGAGCAGGUUCCGUCGAAUAAUGCGGCCUCGAGCGAAAAGAUCGAAACGCUUGAGAAGGAACUGAAGCGCAAGACGAUGGAGCUGGACAUAUUGCGCUCGAAGCUGUCACAGUCGGAGACGAGCCCGCAGGCGACCCAGGACCUGACCGAGCGCGUCAAGCAGCUGGAAAAGGAGCUGAAAAAGCGCAUCAUCGAGAACGGCAUCCUGCGAGGCAAGCUGACGGAAGUGGAGAGUGAACCGCAGACACCGGAGGCCCAGGAAAAGAUCGACGAGCUGGUGCGCGGUUUGCAGCGCACCGAGAGCACGGUGCUGCGGGAGAAGGUAAAGGAACUGGAAGGUGACCACGAGGCCUCGGAACGAAGCGGUGAGCUGGAGCGUGAGCUGAAGAAAAAGAACAUCGAAAGCGACAUUUUGCGUUCCAAGCUGCGACAGUUCGAAAACUCACCGUCGUCGGCGCAGGAAACGAACGAGCGGGUCCGGGACCUGGAAAAGCAGGUGCGGAAGUACCAGAUCGAGGCGGACAUCUUGCGGGCGAAGGUGAGCCAACUGGAGAGUGAUGCGGCCACGCGCGAGGACGAGGAAUCGACCGAGCGCAUCGAGGAGUUGGAGAAGGGUCUGAAGAAGAGCACCACCGAGGGCAACAUGCUGCGGGCGAAGAUGCAGAUGUUCGAGAAGGAGUCGACGGCCGCACAGGACUCGAACAGCGAGCAGAUCGAGGAGCUGCGCAAGGGGCUGAAGAAGAGCACCACCGAAAGUCAGAUCCUGCGCUCGAAGCUAACCGAGCUGGAGAGCAGGAACGUCAACAGUGGGGCCAGCAGCUACCGGAUCGAAACGCUCGAGCAAGAGAUGAAAAAGAAGAACAUCGAAAACGACAUCCUGCGCUCGAAGGUGGAGCAGCUCGAGCGAGUCCCACUGGCCGACAGCCCGGCGAACGAGAAGAUCGAGGAGUUGCAAAAGGAAAUCCGCAACCUGAAGAUCCAGAACGACAUAUUGAAGUCGAAGCUGAAUCAGGCGGAGGACGAGCCGACGACCACGCAGGAGUCAACCGAUCGCAUCAGCGAGUUGGAAAACGAGCUGAAAAAGCGCACGAUCGAAAGCGACAUUUUGCGGGCGAAGGUCAUCCAGCUCGAAUGUGAACUGUCGCCGACAAAGAACUCCAACGAGCGGAUAGAGGAUCUGGAGAGUGAGCUGAAAAAGAAGCUGCUGGAGAACGAUAUUCUAAAAUCGAAGGUAAGCCAGCUAGAGAGCGAGCUGCUGGCCCACGGCCACGGCAGUGCCCGACCCGAUCCGCAGGAGGUGAAGAAGCUGAAGGAAAAGCACGAGGAAGUGAUGACCAAGGCGAAGGAGCUGCUGUUUGAGCGCACCAAAACGGUCAAAGCCCAGGACAUGCAAAUCAAGGCGCUGCAAAACCAGAUCGAGAACAUCAAGGAGGUUGUUACGGUCACGAAGGACAUGCUUAACAUUCGUAACAUGGAGCACGAGCAGCUUCAGACGCGGUUCGAAAACAUCGACAGCAGGAUGAAGGCCGAGCGUGAGCGGCAGACACUGCUUGAGAAGAAGCUGACCGUCUCGCAGAAGAUGUACAACGAUCUGCGCGACGAGUACACGACGCAGCUCGAUCUCUUCAAGGAAAUUCAGAAAAAUUACGCCGAAAAGAUCGAGCUCAUCAAGGAGGAAAUCGAGUGCGUCCGGAAUGGGGGCAAAAAGUGAUUCGUCGUACCGGCCGGAUCAGCCCGAACUGCCCACGGUGACCGUCGAUGAUCAUCUCCGGAGCGAGCUGGAAGGUCGAUCGUGUUGCUGUGCACUGCAAUGAAAGGGAUGACAAAACCCGCAAACUGCAUUGACUUCAGUGACGAUUUUGCGGAAUCCCGGAUCCAACCAAACUACACUUCCCGUUUCUUUUCUUCGCGACUAUGUGUCGCUAGCAAGCGGUCUUUUACACUAAACGUUGGGCGAAACAGUCUCUUUCUAAAAUGUAUUUAACUGCGAAGACUAACUUUGCAACGUACCCUGUUAGGUGAAAAAUAAGUUUACUUAAUAUACUAUGGAUGAAAAUA